AUGACAGGAAUUUUAGAUGCGCUUGCAGAGAUCAAUAAUCUAAAGCUAGGCAACAAACUUGUAACGUACUCUAUCACCAAGCUGGUCAUAUCACCGAACCAGUCAAAAUCUGCCAAGACCAACACAACUCUGCACUUUACACUCUCUGUCUCUGAGAAUGGCUGGACAAACAACGCGCUUAGCCUUGAGUGGUUGAAGCAUUUUAACGCGCAUACAAGAGCGCGUCAGGUAGGGGGAUACAGGCUACUUAUCUUGGACAGCCAUAAGAGCCACCUUAACCAGGAUUUUAAGGACUAUUGCCUGGAUAACAAGAUCCUUACUCUCUCU